AUGCCCAAAUAUGCGAAAUUCUUGAAGGACCUUCUUAGGAACAAAGAGAAGUUAGGAGAGUUGUCCAAUGUCCCAUUGAAUGGAGGGUGCUCAGCCGUUGUUCUAAAUAAGCUUCCGGAAAAGCUUACCGAUCCCGGUAUUUUUACUAUUCCUUGUCUAUUCGGCGGCAAUACCAACACUAGAGCCUUAGCCGACCUAGGUGCUAGCAUCAAUUUGAUGCCCUUUUCUCUCUACGAGAAGUUAGACUUAGGAGAGCUUUCACCUACCCGAAUGACAUUAUCCUUAGCCGAUCGGUCCGUGAAAUACCCUAGGGGCAUAGUUGAGAAUUUUCUUGUUAAGGUCGACAAGUUUGUUUUUCCCGCCGAUUUCGUCAUUCAAAGAUAUGGAAGCGGAUGA